CGGGUGUGACGUCAUCAUCCAGUUCCGGGAGGAUCUGGGGCGCCUCGCAGCUGCUAUCGCCACAGCUAGCGGAUAAAAACAGAACUCUCGUAUAAAAAGCAACGGACGGCGAGGUGUUAUUAUUUUGCCGGACAUUUGUCUGAAUGUAUAAAGAAAAAGCACACGUUUUGACAUAGCUAGAUAAAUAUUUUUUUUUAUACCAACCAUGUCCGACACUGCUGCUACACACAACAACAUCGGAGACUACGGGCUCAACGGGUCCUGGGUGGAGUUAGAGAUGAACCGAGGCACCGCAGAGUCAGCACCGUCACCGGCCACAGUUGUCCCCUCUCCGGACCUGCUGCCCCUUCCCCAGGCGGAGGAGGAGGAGGCCAUGGCGGGGGCGCUGGAGCACGUGCCGUCCUCGUCCUCCAUCCACAACGGCGACAUGGAAAGGAUCCUGUUGGAUGCCCAGCACGAGUCGAGCCGCAGCAACUCGUCCUGUGAUAGUCCUCCACGGCCCCACACUCCCCAGGAUGAUGACGGGCAGAUCAUUUUCGAGGCGGACGUGACUGGCAGGAGAGACAGUCAGACAGAAGAGGAUGUCUUGGACAAGGAGAGAGACAUGGACAUCUUGAUGAAGGACGCGGAUUGGGUUGCUGACUGGUCAAGUCGACCGGAAAACAUUCCUCCUAAGGAGUUUCAUUUCUGUCACCCACGACGCUCUGUGACGCUGAGCAUGAGGAAGACCGGUGCCAUGAAGAAAGGAGGCUUCUUCUCUGCCGACUUUCUCAAAGUCUUCAUCCCGUCCCUCCUGAUCUCACACAUCCUGGCCCUGGGACUCGGAGUGUACAUCGGCAAGAGGCUGAGCACGCCUCCCACCAGCUCCUUCUGAAGCCCGGCCUGGAGAAAAGUGCCUGACAAGUGGCUUGGAACCAGAGGAAGUCUUGCUGUCAUGAAGGAGAAGAGAUUCUCCUCCCUCUACCCUGCUUGCCUCCUCCUUCUCCUCCUGGCUGAGAUAUGACAUGUUCUCAGUAAUGUAUCCUCCUCCUUGUCUGAGUGUACAGGUUCUACCUUUACAUCCACUCAUCUGUCAAGGCUUUUCAAAGAGUGCCUAAAGGCCUUUUUUUUUCUCUCUUUCUCCACUUUAGUGGGGAUCACACUUUAAUUGAGAUGAUGAGAUCCACAAUAGGUAAAAAUUGAAAGUGUCAACACGCCUUUAUGGGCUUAGUAGGCCUUUGCUCUUUCUUUGCUGUUCUUUUCUUCUCAUGUUCAUGUAUUUUACAGCAGUCACUGUUAGGUUUACCGUAGUGGCCAUCCUUUAUUGAAGAAACAAAAGAGGUGAAGGAGCGUUGUUGCAGAAAGCCGGGUGUUGUUGAUGCACGCGCAGUAUUUCAGUGUUGAGUCCGGACAGGUCGACGUUCUUUUACUGCAAGUUGAGCCGCUUUGUUUGUCUGCGACAUAACUGAAUUUUAGUUUUAGUUUUUCCCCUUUCUGCCCAUUUUAGGUUCCGGCGCUACCUGGGUUUUUCUUAGUCGUUUGCUAAAAAAAGGUCUGACAAAAAACUAAUUGUACGAAAAUUACAGCCUUUUUCCUGUAAGAAAUACCGUAUUUUUCGGAGUAUAAGUCGCUCCGGAGUAUAAGUCGCACCUGCCGAAAAUGUAUAACAAAGAAGGAAAAAAAAAAUGUAAGUCGCAUUUUUGGGGGAAAUUUAUUUGAUAAAACCCAACACCAAGAAUAGACAUUUGAAAGGCAAUUUAAAAUAAAGAAUAAUGAACAACAGGUUGAAUAAAUGUACAUUAUAUGAGGCAUAAAUAACCAACUGCUAUGUUAACAUAACAUAUUAUGGUAAGAGUCAUUCAAAUAACUAUAACAUAUAGAACAUGCUAUACCUUUACCAAACAAUCUCUCACUCCUAAUCCAUAAAUCCCAUGAAAACUUAUACGUCUAGUCUCUUAUGCCAAAUUCUUAUUGGUUGGCGUGUAUGUGACAAUUGCUGACAUUUUCUUCGUCUCUUCCGCGAAUGAGAUAAAUAAUAUUUUUUGAUAUAUUACGGUAAUGUGUUAAUAGUUUCACACAUAAGUCGCUCCUGAGUAUAAGUCGCACCCCCGGCCAAACUAUGGAAAAAACUGCGACUUAUAGUCCGAAAAAUACAAUAAUGUCAAUUCUAUUCCACCCACAGAAAUGAACACAAAACACAUUUUAUAGAGAAUUAUUAUCAUUUGACAUCGCCUUUCUUUUACAGUCACACUCUAUAAUACACACAUUGUUAAAAAAAUUUGUAUUAAUAAGGCAUUUUGCCUUUGGUGAUUAAUUCAUUCAAAUGUAAAUUUGCAUGCAAAUGUCAUUCUUAACUCGUUAUUAUUUAGUGCAACAAGCAAUUCCAAGCUUUUUUUUGUAUUCAUUGCCUACUAGAAGUGGCGAUUUGAUUAAUUCUUGUAAUAUAUUACAGUAUGUACAGUACAGGUAAAAAGUUCGGACACACCUUCUCAUUCGAUGCAUUUUCUUUAUUUUUAUGACUAUUUACAAAACUAGGAAUGAACACAUGUGGAGUUACGUACGUAACAAAAAACUGAAAACAUGUUUUAUAUUCUAGUUUCUUCAAAAUAGCCACAUUAUUGCUGUGAUUACCGCUUUGCACACUCUUGGCAUUCUCUCCAUGAGCUUCAAGCACACCUGUGAAGUGAAAACCAUUUCCGGUUUCAGCUCAUGGAGAGAAUGCCAAGAGUGUGCAAAGCAGUAAUCAGAGCAAUAGGGUGGCUAUUUUGAAGAAACUAGAAAGUAAAACAUGUUUUCAGUUAUUCUCCUUUUUUUUUGGUAAGUCCAUAACUCCACAUGUGUAUACUGGCAGUGUUGGCUAAAAACGUCUUUUAAGGUUUUUAUUUUAUUUUAUUUUAUUUACGAAAAUCACAGGAUUUUAGUCAACCCAACAACAAAAAAUAAAGCAACCCCAACCUAAUCCCAUCUUUACAAGAAAAUACAUUUACAAAUAAAUUAAUAAGACAUACAAAUACAAUAGUAACAAAAGGAAAGCUAAUUAAUAAAAGCUAAUGUAUCAAUAAUAAUUUUUGAAUAUUACUUUUAAUCUAACAAUUGAUUCUUAAAACUUAAAACAUAUUUUUUUAAUCGCUUCGCAUAAAUGAUCAGUUGAUUUAGAGUUUGAAUUAAAAAAAUAUUCAUCACUUUUUUUUACCAGUCCGACACAACAAAAAUAUCUAAGGUGUCACUUCUGAUUGCAAAGCAAGACAAUAAUAAUCAAAGAAGGUGAAAUGAUGAAAUGGUGUAGUGAUCGCUCACAACCAGCAUGUGCCGGCUUCUCUUUGUUAUUGUCGUGGUCUGAGGUCGAAAAUGCCAAAUUUUCAAGAACCAUGUGGCAAAAUAGCCAUCUGAUAUGUUGCCUUCGAGUGCUGCUCGGACAAAUGAUGAUCGGCCAAAAUGUGCGGAGAAAUUGCAGGGAUUGGGCAAAGUUGCAAGGCCGUGCAUAUUUGCAUGAAUGAUUGAAUGGAUGGAUGGAUGGAUGGAUGGAUGGAUGGCUCGUUGGCAACAUCAUGAAAAUCUGGAGGACAGACCGAUGUUGCCGAGUUGUCCUCCGUGGACUUCAACCUAGGCCAUGAUGAAAGUGAGGAGGACAAUAGAUCAAUACAAUACAAUAUAAUACAAUAGAUCAAUACAAUACAAUAUAAUACAAUAGAUCAAUACAAUACAAUAAGACAUGGGCAGACACACCAGGACCGAGGCGGUAUACGAAAACUGGGAAAAGUGAGAAGUAUGAAAAGCAAGGUAGCACAAUAUCUCAAAUACUAAAAAACUACGAUGUAAACAUUCAGUUCAAACUGUUUCCAACCUUUUAUUUUACAAGAGGAACAUCCCACACAGUGUGGAUACACACACACAUAUAUACUACAUAGUGUACUACGGUACACACACAUAGACAUACUACACAGUGUACUACAAUACACACAUAUAUACUACAUAGUGUACUACAGUACACACACAUAUACUACGUAUUGUACUACAGUACACACAUAGACAUACUACAUAGUGUACUGCAGUACACACAUAUAUACUACGUAUUGUACUACAGUACACACAUAGACAUACUACAUAGUGUACUGCAGUACACACACAUAGACAUACUACAUAGUGUACUACAUUACACACACAUAUAUAUAUACUACAUAGUGUACUACAGUGCACACACAGACAUACAACAUAGUGUACUGCAGUACACAACACAGACAUACUACAUAGUGUACUACAGUACACACACAUAGACAUACUACACAGUGUACUACAAUACACACAUAUAUACUACAUAGUGUACUACAGUACACACACAUAUAUACUACAUAUUGUACUACAGUACACACAUAGACAUACUACAUAGUGUACUGCAGUACACACACAUAGACAUACUACAUAGUGUACUUCAUUACACACACAUAUAUAUAUACUACAUAGUGUACUACAGUGCACACACAGACAUACAACAUUGUGUACUGCAGUACACAACACAGACAUACUACAUAGUGUACUACAGUACACACACAUAGACGUACUACAUAGUGUACUACAGUACACAUAUAUAUACUACAUAGUGUACUGCAGUACACACACACAGACAUACUACAUAGUUUACUACAGUACACACACAUAGACAUACUACAUAGUGUACUGCAGUACACACACAUGGACAUACUACAUAGUGUACUACAGUACACACACAUAGACAUACUACAUAGUAUACUGCAGUACACACACAUGGACAUACUACAUAGUGUACUACAGUACACACACAUAGACAUACUACAUAGUGUACUACAGUACACACAUAGACAUACUACAUAGUGUACUACAGUACACACACAUAGACAUACUACAUAGUAUACUGCAGUACACACACAUGGACAUACUACAUAGUGUACUACAGUACACACACAUAGACAUACUACAUAGUGUACUACAGUACACACAUAGACAUACUACAUAGUGUACUACAGUACACACACAUAGACAUACUACAUAGUGUACUACAGUACACACAUAGACAUACUACAUAGUGUACUACGGUACACACAUAGACGUACUACAUAGUGUACUACAGUACACACACAUAGACAUACUACAUUGUGUACUACUGUACACACACAUAGACAUACUACAUUGUGUACUACAGUACACACACAUAAACAUACUACAUAGUGUACUACAGUACACACAGAUAUAUAUAUACUACAUAUUGUACUACAGUACACACACAUAGACAUACUACAUUGUGUACUACAGUACACACACAUAGACAUACUACAUAGUGUACUACAGUACACACACAUAAACAUACUACAUAGUGUACUACAGUACACACAGAUAUAUAUAUACUACAUAUUGUACUACAGUACACACACAUAGACAUACUACAUAGUGUACUACAGUACACACACAUAGACAUACCACAGUAAACAAGAUGGACAUUCUACAUUGUAUACAGUAAACAACAUAGACAUAGUACGUGGUAAACAAUAAACAAGAUAGACAUACUACUUAGUGUACAGUGAACAAAAUAGACAUACUACUUAGUGUACAGUGAACAAGAUAGACAUACUACUUAGUGUACAGUACACACCUUCUAGAGCGUGUAAACUAAUAAGGAAAUAGGCCUGUCAUGUUUGAUAGUAGGCAGGUGUGACCACAGUAUUAUGUGCA